UUGACAGGCGGAGCCCCUGACAGGACCGAGUCUGGUUGGUGCCGAGUGGCUGUCAUGAUCUCUGCAGCACCUCUUUACAACGGGGUGCAUAACUGGACCGGUGCCGAGCGGAUUCGCAUGUGCGGACUCAACGAAGAGAGGAGAGCGCCACUUUCUGAUGAAGAAUCUAACUCCAGCAGCUCCCAGCAUCUGGGGUCCCCGGAGUUCAGCGUUGGCAGCAGCUUUUCCAAGGUGGAGCUCACAUCAAUCUCGAGUAGCGGCAGCAGUGCCCUGGGGUUUGAGGCAGAGGGCAUCGUGGAGGAGAAGCUCGGGCCCACGCUUGAGGACCAGCCCCACGAGCCGGACUGUGCCAGGAGGCCCUUGAAGGGCGGUGAUGCCAGCCAAAGGGAUGCCGGGGAGGCGGAACCCACCAAACCGGAGGCCGGCGGUCCUGACUGUGCUUGGCCCCCUGCGAAGAAGGAGUCCAGCAUCCUCCUCAGCUGCCCCAAGGCCCCAGAGGGCGAGCACGCCGGCAGGGAAAAGAGCACCCUGCCUGCCGGAGCAGCCGUGACUACCGCCACCGCCAGCUGUACCACGCUGGCCUCCACCCCGGCCGCCUUCACUUUGAAAAGCGUCUGUUUCCCUACAUCUCAGACGGCUGCUAUGCAAAAAAUGGCCCUCUCCUUCCAGCCGGGAGCCGUCUUGGCCCCCAGCCAGCCCCUGGUUUACCUUCCGCCCCCCAGCUGCGUGGCCGCCCUUCCGAGCCCACUCGGGGUCUCGUCCACGCUCACCCUGCCCGUCUUACCCCCCUUCCGGCAAGACCACUGUCUGCCAGGGCUCCUCGCCCCCUCUGAGUUGCAUUCGUACUCUUAUGCCUUCUCCGUGGCCAGACCUUUGGCCGCGGAUUCCAAAGCGACGUCCGUGGACGCGGGCCAGCUGAGCUGCCCUCCCCCUUCGGGAGAGAGCAACCCCUCAACAGCCGCUGGCCCUUCCCCGCCCUCCGACAGCUCGGACCUUCCGCCCAGCACCCCCACCUUGGUGGCAUCGUGCGGGAGCGCUGUCCCCUUGUCGGGCCCCGGCGUGAUCACCCGGGCCCCCGCAGCCCCGGAGCAGCUUGCCCCAGGCGUCCUGGCGUCCAUCUCCCCCUUGAAAUCGCCUCCGCAGCUGGAACGCGAGAUGGUCUCCCCCCCCGAAUGCAGCGAGAUGCCCCUGGACCUCUCCUCCAAGUCCAACCGCCAGAAGCUGCCUCCACCGAGCCAGCGCAAGACGCCCCCCAUGCCCGUGCUGACCCCGGUUCACACCAGUGGCAAGGCGCUUCUCACCACGGUCCUCUCCAAGUCGCAGCGGGUGGCUCAGGCCAUGGGGGCGCCGGGCUCCACCUCGCCCUUCGUCAUCUUCCCGGAGUUCUUGCGCAACGGGGAGCAGGGCCCCUGGGUGAAGAACUCGACCGCUCUCAUCAGUACCAUCCCGGGCACCUAUGUGGGGGUGGCCACCCCCGUGCCCGCUUCUGUGCUGCUGGGCAAAGACUCCAGUGUCGGCUCCAGCCGGGACUCCCGCCACCUCCCCAAGCAGGAGCCCAUUUCCAUUGUUGACCAGGGGGAGCCUCGAAACACGGGGCCGCCUUCUGGGAAGAAGGGCGGUACCGCCAGCACAGACAGCCAGGUGGAACCCCCCCGGCAGGUCAUUCACGGCAGAGGCGUUCCAGGGCCCCCAUUACGCUCGGCCAAGGAGCUGUCUCUUUGGAAUCCCGGCCAGGGCAGUGUUUACCCCCGAUGCUCGGUCAACGGCAAGCCGGCCAGUCCUCAGCUUCUGCCGGUGGGGUGGUCGCCCUAUCACCAAACCCCUCUGCUUUCUAUCGGCAUUUCGACAGCCACCGGGCAAGUCCCUCCCGGUCAAGUGGGCCCCUCCAAGCCAGCCAGGGCAGGGGAGAUGGCCGCAUUCCCCAGCGCGCAGCCGGCAGAAUCUGGCCCGGCAACCCAGAAGGCCCCCGAAGUUCCCUCGCAGGCCAAGGGUUGCAAGGCAGCCUUGCCCAAUGUGGCUAACCCCUUGUGCAUCUCGCCAGCUCUUCAGACCGGUCCUCCAGACUCCAGGGGCUCAAAAGUCCUCACUCCAAGCCACGGCUGCGACAGACCAGAGACUGAUCCCACAGCCGGGAGCACCCCCCAGCCAGAAGCUCCCCCGGAAGGCCUCAAGCGCCCCGGGGACAGCAAGCCAAAAAACCAAGUCUUAACCACCUACCUGGCCUGUGACCUUUCCUCAGCCGGCCGGCCGAGUGUGCGAUCGUCCUCCGAGCCAGCGCCGCUUGCGGAGAACCAGAGCAAGGCCCAGAGGGGCGACCCAUCCUGGAAUCAGCCGAGCGCAGAUAUUCCCGCCCACCCAGUCCACCAGGUGGACCUCAGCCGCGUAAAGAAGGAGCCGGUGGAGCCUGACGUGCCCUUCGCCUCCACUGCGUGCCUGCUCGCUUCGAGAGACCCUCCCAAGGCCAAGCUUAAGGGGGUGGCCCACAUCAAAGUGGAGGGGGGCUUCCCCUGCAAGCCCAAGAGGCAGCGCGAUGAGCUGGACCGGCCGGCGCACAAGAGGCCGAAGUGCCGAGGUGGUGAGGAAGCCGACUCUCCGAGCAAGCCAGGCGGCCAGGAUCCACACAGUCGCAAGUGGCGCAAGCAUCACAGUGACCUCCGUGACAUCAAGCGAGAGGGCCAGUUGGCCUCCACAAAGGAACGUGGCAGCCUCCGAGUGAAGCGCAAGCACCGCAAGCCAUCCCCAAGGCACCAGGGCCGCAGCUGCGAAGAAGCUUUUGUUGAGAAGAAAGCAAAGAACAAUUUCCGGGACUUCAUCCCUGUGGUGUUGAGCAGCCGGACGCGAAGCCAGUCAGGAAGCAUCGGGGGCUCUUCCGCCAGCGUGCUCGGGGAUUGCGAUGGGGCCGGCCACGAGAUUGUCCCACUGCUGUUAGAGGACGAGGAGAACGACGAGGACGAGGACCUGCUGUCCCUGAAGCAUCGCCGGCUACGGAAGUCUCACCGGCUCUCCCCGCACUCGGGCUGCCGAGAUCGUGAAAGAGAGCGGUCUCGUUCAGAGAGGGGCAGCCUUCACCCGAGCAAGACUCGGGAGCCCCCGUGGCAAGUGGAGGCCACCAGGCAGCCAUGGGACCGCAAGGAGGCGGAGGAGGAGAGCGGCCACGUCAAGAGGAAGAAAAGGCGGCGGCAGAAAAGCUGGAAGUAUCAGACGGGGGAGUACUUGAUAGAGCGGGACAAAGAGGAGCACACAAGCUGUUGCCACAAGCGCAGGAAAGCGAAAGCAGACUUCAGGUACCGGAAGCACAAGGGGUCCACCCCAGGCAAAGGCUCAGAGCUGUGCCUGAGGAGCAGGCUUUCUCCAACCCUUCCAGGGCAUCUGGACUUCCACAACGGAUUCCUCUUGGAUCACCCGGACUCGCCUCCUAUCCAGGAAGUGCUAGAGAAGCCGUCCGGGAAACGCAAAUGCAAAACCAAACAUUUGUCUGGAAUCUGCGAAGAGAAGGCCAAGGCACGAUGGAACCAGUCCAAGACGCGCUCUCCAAAGAAGCCCCGGGAGCCCUGUCCGUCCAGCAAGUCACGGCAGCACAGCUCGGAGAAGACCUCAGAACCGCCAGCCCCUCCGGUGCCCCCUGAAGCUCGGCGUCUGAUAGUGAACAAGAACGCAGGGGAGACGCUGCUGCAGAGGGCAGCCCGGCUCGGUUACAAGGACGUGGUGAUGUACUGCCUGCAGAAGGAGAACAACGAUGUCAACCACCAGGACAAUGCAGGCUACACCGCCCUGCACGAGGCCUGCGCACGGGGCUGGAUAGACAUCCUGCACAUCUUGCUGGAGCAUGGCGCAAAUGUGAACUGCAGUGCGCAGGACGGCACCAGGCCGGUUCAUGACGCUGCGGCAAAUGACAACCUGGAGACCAUGUGGCUCCUGCUUUCUUAUGGUGCUGACCCCACCCUGGCCACCUAUUCAGGGCAGACGGCCUUGAAGCUGGCCAGCAGCGAGGGGAUGAAAAACUUCCUUCAUGAUUACCUCUCGGACCUGCAGGGGCGAGAUGAUGACGACGACCCCCAAACAGCCUGGGAGUUCUAUAGUAGCGCUGUACUGGAGGAGAAAGACGAGAUCGGCUGUGACCUUUUGCUCAACCCACCCGGGAGCUCGGAUCAGGAGGAGGACGAGCAGGAGUCGGACCGCUUCAUGUUCGAGUUCUCCGACCAUCAGCUGCUCCCCUGCUACAACCUGCAGGUCUCCGUCUCCCGGGGCCCCUGCAACUGGUUCCUCUUCUCCGACGUGCUGAAGCGCCUCAAGCUCUCGUCCCGGAUCUUCCAGGCGCGCUUCCCGCACUUCGAGGUGACCACCCUGCCCAAGGCGGAGUUCCAGCACCAGGUGGCGUCGAGCCAAGUGCUGGCCGCGGAAGAGAUCCAGGAGCACAUGGCGCCCCCCUCGGCCCCAGGCGCCGGAGAGACGGUGGAGCUGGUACGCUACGAGGCGGAGCUGGUCCGGCUGCUGGGCUCGGAGGUGGCAUUCGAGGCCUGGAGCAGCUGACGGGGCCCAGGCCCGCCCUCCCGCCGUCGGACUACUUUGCGAGGCAAUAAAUAUAACGGACCAACGAGAAGCCGCCUUCUCACGGCCGACCAC